CAGACCCUCCUCUCAAAUGUCAUGUCCCGUUUUAGGGGAGGGGUGAGGUCUCCCGAGCCUCGAAUAAUAACAACUCCUUUAGAUCCAGUAUUUCUCCAUUUCCCCCUGGGACUUUUUUUUCCAAUGGGGAAAAGCAUUGAUAACUUAAGGACAGAUGGGCUGUACUCCGUCUAAGUCGGCCGUGAUUUACAGCCAAGAAAAGGUCUGCCGGGAUCUGGACACCUGCUCUACUUUUGUUCCCAGCCCGAAGAGCUCCGUGUCGACACCAGAGAGACCACGGCUAUGUGUGGAGCCGGGCAAUGGCAGGCGAACUUUCCUCGGUGUUCCCUGCCGAGAUGUCCACGGCUGGUCAGUGAGCCAGUCCUCCUACCCUGAAACCAGGAGCUCUGCGGACAGCGUGCCUCCAGGCAACUCGUGCUGUGCAGAUCAGUGCAGCAUGAAGCCCCGCAGCCCGUCUCCGGACCUGCACAGUGGCACCGGGACUGCUUAACUGACUCCAACCUGCAGUUAUAGCGUGGCAGUGGGAUAUUAAUCAGCACAGGUUGAAAUCGGUUUAUUUUCAUACCACAUAGGCGACUUUGGUGUUUGGUGUUUGUUACUUACGCCUAUUAUUGCUUUUACGUAGGCCUAUUAAGGACAUUAAUGCUAAUAUCUUUGUACUUUUAAUUGAUUAAAACUUAAAAAAAUAAACAAUUGAUCUACAUAGUUCAUUUUAUUUAUCCUUGGACCCUCCCCUUGAUAUUUGAAAAAAAGCAAUACUAGACAUACCCAGCGCCCCCCAAUAUCGCAAAGCAAUUAUAGCAAACAUAACAAAGAAUGCAGCCCCUACAGCUAUUGAAUUUGCGACCCUUGAACAGGAUGCAGCUAUAACAAUAUGUUCACCCCACCCUGAAUUACAAAUAGCCUAAAAUGCAAUAGACUAUUAGAUCAAAUAAUGUUGUAGUGUGAUGUGUAGGCCUAUGAGCUCAGAUGACUGUCUAAGAAAAAUCUAAAACAAUUCUAAAAUACCCAAAACAAAGGCAGCCAGAGAAGAGUGCAUUUAACUCAUGCCCAUUUCACACGUCCCAGGAGGUAUAUGCCUGCAGAAAGCGUUGCACGAUUUCAAAGCCACAUUUUAAAAUUUCUCUCCGCUCGCGAUAUUGCAAUGAUCUCGCGAGAACGCAGCGACUUAACACUGGCGAGAGAGAGAUGGGGAGAAAUGAGGUCUGAAAAGGACCAAAUGACCGUGGCCAGGGAGAAAAGCGUCGUCGAGAUACAGUUUAGGGACAUCCCAAAAGAUCAGGAAAACACCCCUGGCAACCUCAAGCAGAGAGAGGAGAAGAAAGAGGUUUUUACUAAGGUGGUGAUUCGAAGGCUUCCCCCUAACCUGUCAAAGGACCAGCUAGAAGAACAUCUCAGUCCGCUUCCAUCCUAUGACUAUUUUGAGUUCUUUCCAGCUGAUCAAAGUCUUUAUCCCCACCUGUUCUGCAGAGCAUACAUCAAUUUUAAAAACCAUGAAGAUAUCCUGCUCUUUAGGGACCGAUUUGAUGGUUAUGUCUUCAUUGACAACAAGGGCCAGGAGUAUCCUGCAGUGGUAGAGUUUGCCCCCUUCCAGAAGAUUUCCAAGAAGAAGCUAAAAAAGAAAGAUGCCAAAGCUGGGAGCAUUGAAGAAGACCUGGAAUAUAAGCGGUUCUUGGAGAAUUACUCCUGUGAUGAGGAGAAGUCUAUGGCCAACCCUGAGACUCUGCUGGGAGAGAUAGAGGCCAAGACCAGAGAACUCAUAGCCAAACGGACAACACCACUGUUAGAGUACAUCAAGAAUAAGAAAAUUGAGAAACAGAGAAUAAGAGAGGAGAAGAGAGAAGAGAGGAGAAGAAGAGAGCUUGAAAAGAAGCGGCAAAGGGAGGAGGAAAAGAGAAAGCGGCGAGAGGAGGAGAGACGCAAACGAAAAGACGCAGAGAAGCAGAAGAAAUUGUCUGAUAAAGAUAUCAAAAUCAAGCUCCUGAAGAAGAGUGACAGGGAUGACGAUGUGGAUUCAGACCGAAUAAAAGACAAGAGUGACAUUGGGGAGACAGACAGAGGCAAAUGGGAGAAAGCUGGAGGACAAAUGAAGUCAAAGGACCCCAAAGAAAAAGGUCAGCCUGAGAGUGACAAGGAACAGAGAGAGCAGCACGGCCGGAGACAGAGAGAUAAGGAUCACCGUCCGAAAGACGAAGAGAGGAAACGACAGCGACACCACUAUGAAUUUGACAAGUUUAUGCACCGCAAAGAUGAGACCAAAUGGGGGAAGGGCUACUGCCAGGACAGAGCCAAGAAAGAAGGGCACCAUCAUGGCUAUUCUUAUUGCCCUGACAGUGGAGACAAACUUGGAAAGGAGGACAGGGAGGACCUGGGUAACAGGAAGGAACGCCUCCGAAACAAGGUGAGCGAGAAGGACCGUCCAGCCAUGCAGCUCUAUCAGCCAGGCACACGCAACAGAAAGCGCAUGAGCUCAACAGGCAAAGUCUAUGACUGCAUCCCUGUGGGACACUCACCUGAAUCCGGGACAGAGCAUUGUUAUGAGGCGGUCGCUCUUGCAACAGGGCUGGAGAAGGCGUUUGAGAAAAGCAAAGAUGAACAAUGAGCAAUCUGGAUGUUUAUAGAAAGUACAAAUACAUCAUUGAACUUUUCAGUCUAUGUAGAUGGUUUGUUUGGUUAUCACUGAGCUUUUAAACAUUGUAUAAUACUCCACUGAGGGAAAACUGCACUUCAAAAGCAAACAGGCUUAUAGUAGUUUUCAUCAGUGUUAGGUGUAAUAAAAGUCAGAGCUUUGAAUGCUGGUGAAUGUUUUUGUUUUGCUGGAGCAUGAACAUUUUUAGAACACAAUCGUUAGUUUAACUGUCUCACAUAUUCAAAGAAUUAUCAAAGUGCACCAUUGGGUUGAAUCCUUGGAAUAACCUUGGUGAAAAAUACUGAGAACAGGGGCAAACAGUACUAGUUACCAUUAUGAUAGCACAAGAGUUAACUUAAGUUAAGUUGAUUUCUCACACAGUUUUGGUAUAUUUUAUGUACUAUGCAGUCUUAUUUUUUGAAAAUGCUUCCUGCUAGCUAGCUUUCAGUUUCAUUAAAGCUUUAUCACAUGAAGCAGUCCAGCAUCAUCCUCUUUGGCCAUCAUGUUUCUGAAGUGUGUCCCCAUAACAGGGCAGCUCACGUUUGGUAUCCAUCAACAGUUUGCUGGUGAAAUCAUGUCCUCUGCAACAGAUAUUGUCACUAAGCCUUUGUAGACUCCGCUGAACCUAGGUGUUUUUAAUAAUCCCAUAGAUUUUAUUAAAAUGAAAUAUAAUGUAAGUGGAACUUAUAAGUAAUGGGUGUAGAAAAUGUAACACAGGAUGUUUUGUGUAAAGUCAAAAAUGAGAAGGGGAAGAGCUGUUACUGAUAAGGAGGACAAUGCCAACGUUUGGUCAACGUCAGUGUUUUGCAGCUUUUUCCAAAUUUUUACCUGUCUUUAUUACAUUUGGUCCAUCUCAUUCUAGAGUGUCAUACAAAAGAGACAAGAAUCAUUUUGUGAGCAAAGCUUUGUACAUGGUCACCCGUGAGCCAAGAAGAACACAAUCUCUACAUUUAUAUAAAGCAUUUCCUAGAAAUAAAAUGUAAAGUAUGACAGAUAAAUGAAAACAAUGAAUUUUCUAUGCUACGUGCAUGGUUUUCUAUUAAUUCUGUCAAAUAAAUGUAAUGGAAAAGACACAA